UCACCGCCUAUUUAAAUGAACCUUGAGCUCAUGUUUUACAGAAGAGAGGGGUUUGGCCAGUUGUUUUACCUUUUAGCUUGUAAAUUCAAUCCCCCAUCCGCCAGUUUCAUCAUCUGAUCCAAAAACUUACAAAUCGUAGCAACGAAGAAGAAAUAUACCUUUUUCUUGACGAGAAAAGAUUACCACGAUCGAGAUGGAAGUUCGUAUUACUUCAAGGGAAAUGGUGAAGCCAUCUUCCCCGGAUCUUCAUCUUCUGAAGCCAUUCAAGCUAUCACUUCUAGACCAACUCAGUCCACCAAAUUAUGUUCCAUUCAUCUUCUUUUACACCAAACAUAGUGAUUCCCAGUUCGAAAGUUUUGCCCAAGUCUCCGACCAUUUAAAAAAAUCACUCUCAAAAACCUUGAAUCAGUUUUACCCUCUGUCUGGACGGACGAAGAACAACCUCUGUGUUAGCUCUUACGAGGAAGGAGUGCAAUAUGUUGAAGCCAGGGUAAACGCCUGCCUAUCUGAUUAUAUCGAGAAAACAGAGGGUUUAUUCCAAACUCUUUUGCUAUAUUCCAAACUCUUUUGCUAUAUUCCAAACUCUACAAUACCGCAACUAGCUAUUCAAUUGAGCAUCUUCGAUUGUGGCGGCAUAGCUCUAGCUUUCUGUUGUUGCCACAAGAUCCUUGAUGCAUCAACCGUUUCUGCUUUCCUGAAAAGUUGGGCAGCUUUUAGUCGAGGGUCCAAUGGUGAAAUUCCAAAUCCUGAUUUGUUAGAAGCACCGUCACGAUUUUUUCCUCCGAUUGAGUCUACGCCACCAAAUACCAGCAUGAAAGGCCUUUUUUUCAACGAAGGCAGGCGUGAGACAAGGAGUUUUGUGUUCGAUGCUAAUGCAAUUGCCACUCUAAUGUUCAAAGCCAAAAGCAAACGUUUGGAGCUUCCUAGCCGAGUCGUAGCUCUGAGUGCAUUUUUAUGGAAACAUGCCAUCCGGGCUUCUAGAUCAACUUCUGGAAUUCUAAAACCAGCCAUUUUAUCCCAGUCAGUGAAUAUUCGGCAAAAAAUGAAGCCACAAUUACCCGAUUAUUCAAUUGGAAAUCUGUUUCUGUUGCCAAUUACCACAUAUAACUCAGUCGAGAAAGAUGUAGAGUUACAUGACUUGGCUUAUCUAGUGAGAGAAGGAGUGGAAAGUGUCACCGGUGAUUUCCUGGAACUUUUUCAAGGUGAAGAAGGAUUUAAAGUUAUGAGUAACCAACUCAGUCAGAUAGCAGAAAUUGUCUCAAAAGGAAACGCACAAUUUUAUAUUUUAAGCAGUUGGUUGAAUACUCUCGAGGGAAAAGAAGAUUUUGGAUGGGGAAAGCCGACCUUGUUUAGCAUCCCAGGGGUUGAUAGUCAUAAUCGUGAGUUCAGCAAUUGCAUUAUUUUAAAAGGGACAGGGCAGCACAAGGCCAUAGAGGCAUGGGUCACUUUAUCCGACAAAGAGAUGGCUUUUUUGGAACAAGAUCCCGAGUUCCUCGCAUUUGCUUCUCGAAAUCCUUAAUAUGGCAAAAUUAAGAUUUAACAACAUCAAAAAGGUGUUCUUAAUCUGCUCGACUAGGGAAAAAAGGCACUUCUUGUUGAAUCUGACUCUUCUAGACCCUGGGACAAAUGAUCAAAUUUAAAGAAAUUGACAGCUUAAGAAAAACCAAAGGCAUUAUGUAUUUCGUCGGUGUUUCUUAGGGAAGCCAAUCAAGUUGCAAACUCCUUGGCGAAACUUCAUUACUCUGUUUAUAUGUAAUGUGCUUUAUCAUUAUCAGCAUUCUCUUCAGUUUGCAUAUAUAUUACAAAGAAAUCCUGCUCUUCAUAGCUUAUGCUCCCUGGUUUCAAUGAUGAAUUUGAUUUCAGUAUAUUGCUUGAUGAUGAAUUCAGUGUUAUAAAAGAUCAG